AUGCUGGGUAUGCCGUCUCUCAGCUCCUUCUCUGUUACACUGCAAGGCCUCGGAAGGGCUAUAACAUCUCAGGCCGCAAUGAAGAGCAUUAGGAAACAGAACAAUUUGACAGGAAAUAGAAGAGAAUAUUGGUGCAAUUCAAUCACAAAAGACUCACGGAUAGACUCACAAACUUCACUCGCAGAACUUCAAGGCAUCUCUUCUGCAUUUCUGCUGGUCAAAGAUCACAGCAUUGACACUGGCAGCUGUGGUGAUGGUUUGGCCUUGGAUCAGGAUCUCCCUCUCAAGGAGUCCCAAACACAAUCAGAAUGUUUGUAUCAGAUUGAAAUUGAGGGCUUUUUGAAAUUGGAGAACAACACUGGGGAACAAAGAUGGAUGAAGACAUCCAGAAUGUCACAUCCUUCCCUAAGUAGAAUGGAGGUCAUCCACAUGGAGAGAGGUGUCUGUCAAGGUCAGUUGAGUAAUGUUAGGGAACAUGAUGAUGGAGGCAUGCAAUCAGUGGCAGGAUGGAAACUCAGACCAUUUCACUUCAUUGAGGAAGAGCAUGUGGAUGUCCCCAUGUUGGGUGACAGCCACUAG